UAAAGAAAUAUUUUUUUUAUGUCACUACAUUCAUUUUUUGAAAUUAAUUCUCAUUUUGUGACGGAAUUCCCUCCACUAGAAAUUGUAUGGGGACAAACGUGUGCUCCAGGAGAGUGCUCUGAAACAAGUCUACCUAAGCCAAUGGGGACUGGUCUAAGUGGAUACACGCCCGGUGGGAAUGGUUGCUAUAGUGACGGGACGACGGUGACGUAUAUCUGUACGGGAUCACUGAUUGGUCCGCCAAGUACUCAGUGCGACGGAGGGGUGUGGGUUCCACCAGUCGGACCAACCUGUGAAGCUGCGAGCGGUUGUACGCGACCUCAGCUCCCGUCAAACGGAAACGUCACGGAAUAUAAAGAUGAGUACGCCCUCUACGAGAGGAUCACAUAUAACUGCGAUGCCGGAUAUUCUAUUAUCGGCCCGCAGGAGGCAGUAUGCGAUUCGGGAGGGAUUUGGGAUCCUUCUAACAUACCUACUUGUGCAGCAUCUUGCUCGGCCCCGUCGAUUCAAAAUGGUGGACCUAAUGGAACGUUUGUCAACGGCGAAGUCGUCACUUACUCUUGUGACGUCAAUUAUACUUUGAUUGGUGUGUCGUCUGCAACAUGUCGGGAUGGAUUGUGGGAUCCUGAUAAUAUCCCAGAAUGCCUCGAAAAAUGUCUACCACCGAUCGUUGCCAACUCGAACUUAGAGACUCAACAGGACCUCAUCGACCACGGUAAUUCGGUAGUAAUUGAUUGCAACCCCGGCUACUCAACAGGAUCGUCAACCAGCACCACAGUCAAUUGCAAUGAAGGAUCACUGAGCAAUCCUUCCCCUGCAUGCUUUGAGAACUGUUCACCCCUUGAUGCUUUCAUGAAUGGCCAAGUGACCGGAGAUACAAGCCCGUUUUACCAUACAGAAACCGUGUCCUUCGGAUGUGAUCCUGGUUUUACCUUGGAUGGUCCUUCAAGUAUAUCGUGCUUCGACGGGAAUUGGGAUGCCCCGCAACCAAUGUGCAUGGGAGAUUGUCCUGAUAUCGUACCUAAGCCAAACAGCGCCUUCUUCGGCGCAGUAUCGCCAUUCCACCACGGAGAGAGUGUGACCUUCACAUGUUACAAUGGGUAUGACGUAUACAAUGGAAGCCUUGUGUCGACAUGCCAGGAUGGGCAAUGGAGUUCUGAUCCACCAUUCUGCGCAGAACAAAUAACAACUACACGAGCUGCCAGUACAAUGGGAAAUUCUGUAACAACAGACAUUCCUUCAACCAGCCUGACCACUGUACAGGAAACAACUCCCGGUACAACGCCAACGUCAAAUUCCCUAACCUCAUCCAAAGCGUCAUCCACCGACGUCCUUCCAACGUCGUUAGUGACAAUUACCGAUAUUGUGACUGAAAUAAAGACAACACUACUCGGCAUUUCAACGAAUAAGUCACCGUCAACUUCUAUACCAGAAGUUACAACAAUGACAGCUAUAAAGUCAACAACGGUCGUGACGCAGGGUAUGAUAUCAUCAGCAAUCAUGACAUCAGAAAUGACGUCAUCAGAGAUUACGACGUCAGAGAAGACGUCGCCCACUGACGCAGGGGGAGCGACGAGUCGGUCGACGCCGGGAAGCACAAGUACGGCGAACACAGACGUGAGCACACAGAGUAGGCUUACUUCGUCACCUACUCAGGGGUCGACGACAGCUCAGGCGAUUGUGACGUCGGAGAAGAUCGGUUCAAUGACGUCAGCUGGUGACGAUAUGACGGCGUCUCCUGGGAUGAACGUGUCGAUACCAACAACGGCUGGGUCAUCUAAAGGAAUAACCGAGGACCAAAAGGUCGUGGUCAUCGUAUCGGCCACUGCCCUCGGGGUGUGCACCCUCCUCGCCAUCGUCAUCGCUCUCAUCAACUGUCACCAUACUCGACAAGGAACAUCGGACAAAAACGUUUACGAAACCAACGGACCGAAGACGACUAAAUCUCAACACGCCUAUGAUAACAAUGGAAUAGUACUCGUAAACACGCGUCUUUAGUUUUUUUCUUAAUCUAAAUCAAAUCCUUUAUGCUGAUUGGUUUAAAUAGCGUCAUAGCCAAGCAUAGUCUCAUUAUUUUGCGAUUAUGUUGAAAAUGAAACGCCACUAAAGAAAAAUGUGCUCCUUGACGUCAAUGAUGGAAUAGUGCACUAUUCGAUCACUAACGUCACUCGGCCGCACCAGCCAGCGAUGUGUCUCUACCGGGCAAGUCCCGAGAAGGGACAAGUAGGCCAGUCAGCGCAGGAUGAAAAAAGGAUGAACUAUUAGUACAAGAACUAGACAAUCAAUAUCUAUUGUUCUAACUUAUGAAAAGUAGGAUUUAAAAAUAUAUAUACCUGGCUUGUAUUUCGAAAGUAUAGAGAGAUUUAUUCAUCCUCGGUUGUACUGUUGUACUGGUAAAAUUACUAUUAAUGCCAGUCUAACAUCGGACAUAAUAAUUCCCGCUCUACUUACUCAAAUACUGGUAUAUUAGUAUAUGAAUGUUUUGUCUAAUUGCGCGAUGGCACGCUACAGUCACACAGGGGAAACAGUCUCAUGAUCGACCAGAGACAUUCUUUCUUACUUUGAUUCCAAGAACAUGCCUUUGGUCGGUUGAGGUUCUCUCUCUUUUAUGUUGGUGUGACUGUACAAUUAAAAACGCCGGGGUUAAUUUAACACCAGCCUGGUAUUUAUAUCCGUCCACACCAGAGAGGUGUUGAAACCACCCCGGUUUGGCGUUAUAGGCUAUAAACACCAAUGUGGCAUUUAAGCAACACCAUUUAGUGUCAAACCAAUAUUGGUUUGAUUAUUCUAAACUGAUGCUGUUUCAACGCUUCUUUGGCGUUUUUCGAUAUAGAUAUCGGGCUGGUGUUAAAUCAAUACCGAUGUUUCCGCAUGCAGUGUAAGUGUAAAAUAACCUCAUAUUUUUAAUGUUCAGUUCAUUGUUGAUUCUGAUUUGGAUUAUCUGCAAUAUGUUUCAAACUAUGAGUAAAGUAUUCAACUCUGUUUUUUUGUCUCACCUGCAUAGCAGAGUGAGACUAUAGGCGCCGCUUUUCCGACGGCGGCGGCGUC